CCCCGACUUCUCCGAGAAGGACGAAUGUGAUAUUGGUCCGAGGGUAUGAAAAUCACAGUACGGGACUAGAGAAUCAGUUAUGACGGUGAUCGCCUGGGAUCAGUGCGCUGCUAGGUCUCACAUCGCCUGAAACGAAAGAAAUUUCAGGGUGGAGACGAGACCCUGUUUGCGCGGUGACGCUACAGGUGCUGCUUAUGGGUGGUCGUCGCUGCUUUUCCGGUCUAAAAGAGCCUGUAGACACACCAGGUACUUCCAGUACCGUACUACAAUGGGUGUACUGCGUGGUACCGUACAUGCCCAUGUGAGGUUGGUGGCGGAAAGGCCGUCUACGCUCUAAAUUUAGCGAAUGAGCCAGUCACAAACCCCCGUGAUUUGUGCUAUUCUUCUCUGGACCGACUUUCAAGGUUUCAUUGCAAGUCUAAGACCCGAAGGGCUCAUGCAAUGACGACUCACACUCUCUUUUGACCUUGGAUCAGCUACUUCGCCUUCGCCAGCUCGUCACUCUUCAUAUCCUCUCGUCGCUCGUCUUGCAUUCACGUUCUCUUCAACUAUACUCCGUACAGUACCUGCAGUCUUGCACCCCGCAGCUUCUUGCUCAGCCUUACGACUACGCCGCCUUCCUCGUGAUCUAUGACACCUCCCAGUAUUACAACUACGCCUCUUCGCGUGAUACACGCUCCACCGACUCGAGAGCUUCCAGUUGCUUUGACUCGACAGCUCUGAAGCAAACCGUACUGCCCACGGACAAAGCGGAGCACGGUGCGCUCUCAAGUCACACACGACCUUUUCGACACACGACGACACCUUUUCCCACAAACCCAAACAAAGCAACCAUGAAGGAAAUACCUGAGCACCAAGACUCGCCCGACGAGACCACGAACCAGCCCACACCGCCGGACAACAUGGUCGAAGACACCUCGUUCGAGGACGCCCAGCCCUCUCACGAGGACAGCCAACGCUCGCUCCCACCACGCAUCGCAGCGCGGUUCUACCGGCCCUCAUUCAGCCGCCGCAAGUCGUCCGCCGCGUCGUCACGCCGGAACUCCAUAUCAUCCAUGCAGUCACACCACUCGCACGCCUCAAACCUCUCGCUCCACGGCGGACCGCAGAGCAACCACAUCGCGCAGCACCUGCGCCGCGCGUCCAUCAUCGAGGACCGCCGAGCGCGGCUCGCAGACCGCGCCGCACACGCGGAGAAAGUGCGAUUGCGGGCCGCGCUGGCCAAGGCGGCGCCGCGGAGCACGAAUAACUCGGAAGAGCGAGCGCUGGCGGCGCAGCAGGCGCGAGAGAAGAAUUUAGCAGAGAUUGUGGCGAGCUGUGCGGAGGAGGUUAAGAGGGCGAAGGGGAUUGCGGAGAGCAUGAAGGAGAAGCGCGAGGCGGAAGGGAAGAAGCUGAGGAGGCAUAUGGAGGAGAGAUUGGCGGAGGCGGAGCGGAGGAGGGAGGAGAUUUUGAAUCGCGGGCAUGGACAUGGGAAGAGGGGGAGGACUUCGAGUAUGGCGAGGGAUUCGUCGCCGAGCGCGAAUAAGUGCCUCUCGCCGAUGCCAGAAGCUCUGGAACCUAUAUCUGAAGAUACGGCUGCCAGCCGUAUCCAGAACUCUUGGAGGACGCAUAUACGCUGGAAGGCUUUGAAGGAGUUUACUGAGCUUGGGUUGACGAUUGAAAAAGCUCGGGAUACUUCCUUUGAGGAUGUAGUAACCCUGCUGGCCCAGGAGAAGGUCCUCCUAAGCACUGCUCAGAUACUUCGGAUAUGUGGUCUGAAGGAAGGGGAGAGCGGAUCUGUCAAUGAAAUGACCGCAGUGCGGACAUUUCUCAGUGCCUUCCUCAUCCUCGGACACCCGACUCAAGUGCUGAGCAGUAAAGGGGGUAAUGGGGAGCAAGAGCAGGAGCUUGUUGCGAAGGCCGGGGAUUUACUCAUAUCCUUCGAGAACGUUAUAUCGCGGUUAACUGCCUUCAAUAACUAUACCCCCCCGCCUAGACAGCUUGCUCCGUUGUCGGAGUCGUAUGCGACGUUUUACAAUGCCUUCAUUGCAUGGAAGGCUCGCGACUCUAAUACAUUGGUUGACAUGAUGGUCUUGCAGUUUGUUGAGCUCGACGCUAUAUGGGAGACUGUCAAGGAUAGCACAGAGGAGGCUGUUACGGCUUCUUACCGUGAUGGCAUUCGAGCGAAUCAGCUGAAACUCAUGGUCAGGAUCAAGAAGUUGGCAGGCCCUGUGCACGGCAAGCGACUCAUAUCCAAUGCCAUUAAAGAAGCCCGGAAGGCAAGGGCAACCAAGCCGACUGGGGAUUCUCGCCCAAGAGCAAGCGUAAUAAGCUCAACUCCGACGCCUGAUCUUCAGGAGCUGGCCAAGUCGGAGCAGACGGUGGAGAAGCACCUCCAGACCAUGACGCCUCCGGCGACGCCUACGCGGUCCGCACCUGUCGCUGAUGCGAAUCAUGCGGAGCGGCUCAAGACGGUGCAAUCAUUGCUGCCCGACAACCGCAAUGUCAUCCAUGAACUGGCGAUCGAUAAGGAGUAUCGUAUCGCGAUGGAGGACUGCCUAGAGCAGCGCGGCGUGGUCAACCGCGCGAUCUUCGACGCUAUGCGCCGUGAGGUCGCCACUGGCAACAGUGAUCCGUGGACUCUGGCCAUGGCGGAGAACAUCAAGGGCAAGCUUCACAGGCUGCUGCAGCCUAACACGUCGCUGCACAACUUGAUUAGUGGGGUGUUGGAUGUUGAUGUCGUUCGUCAGGAGCUCCGCGCUGGUAGCUUCUCAUACGAGAAGUUCUUCUCAUUCAUGAGCACCAUCCUGCCCAAGCUCUGCGCCCCGAUCCGCGACGAAGAGGUCAAGGACCUAGUCCAGAACAAGCUCCAGAACGAAGACCUAGUCACUCGUCUAGAGGCGCUCAUGCAUUUCAUCGACGUAAUGCAGCUCGACUACGCGAACUACAUGCUCUCCGAGUCCUCCCCAGAGCUCAUCAAACACGCCAUCCCCUACGAGCAAAAGCAUUUCGCUGACAGUCUCGAACAGGGUCUGCACACCCUCGAGCACACUGAAACCUGGUGGAACUCCGCGCGCACUAAAGUCCUCGACGAAACCGCCCGCCGUGACCCCGAAGGCAUCAAUCUCCCGCGUAGUCGUCCGACUCCCGAGAAAUUUUACUCCCAAAUGCUCAUCGAUGUCUUUACCGAUAUUAGCGCGGAGUCUGGGCCGCAUCUCCCUGAGACCCUGCAACUCGACGCACGCCGCAUUAAGCACGUGCGCGCUGACUUGCUGCGUAUCCUCUGCGCCGGCGCAGUGCUCAUCCAGGCAAAGAACCUGCUCAAGCGCGACGUGCGCAGCCAGUGGAAGACCGAGGCGUCGCGCAUCCUCAGCGUGCUCGAGGGCGCCAAGUCGGCUGCCUCGGCGAAAGACGGGAUUCAAGCCGCCCUUGAAUCUUGCAGAAGUAUGCCGUCAGCCACCAAGGCGCAUCUGCGCGAACUGGUCGCCAGGGUCGCGGAGAAUACCUACGAGCUCGGCUUGAUGGAGACGGCCACGCUGAGGGAGCCGGUCAUGAGAUUGUUGCUGAAGAGGCUGAGGACCCAUGUCCUAGCCCGUGUGUCGGCGACGACGGCGAGCGAGAAGGUGAAGGCUACCACGACGGCGAGUGAGGGGCUCGCGACGCUGGGCUUGCCGGAGUUCGUGGCGCCGAUUGGAAAGAUUGUGGAGGAGAUUGCGAGGGUGGGUGCUGUGGAUCGGGAGGCGCAUGCGUUGUGGUAUGAGAUUUUGGAGAAGAAGGCUGCGGCGGGGCAGGAGGAUUUGGUGCGUGCUUAGGUUUAGGUUGGGAGGCUGGAAGGCUGGGAGGUUUGGGGGAUCGGAUGGGAGGAUGGGGGGAUUUUGGGUGUUUUAUUGUUUUGGGAAUGGCAUUGGAUGGGUUCGGAUUGGAUGGCGUUUGGGAUAGGGAGGCGGCUUGGGAUGGGCUGGUUUAGAUUCCCCUGGGUUGUUUUGAAUUGUAUGAAUGGGUUUGGAUUUGGCACUUUGGAAGGGGGGUGCCGAUAGCGUUGGCAUUUGGAGAUUAUAGAGAGAAGGCUUGUUAGAGGCAGAGCGAGAAGCAUACUGCAAUAUAUUGCAUCAGCGUUGCCGAUUGGCAUUUCAAGUUGUUGCUGUCUUUUAUGGAAAUCUUUUGUGUUUUUGUUGUUGUGGCAGAUGGGGGUCUUCAAAGACGCUACAGUUAACUAACCCUUUGUAUAAGGGUCCUGCAGAUAAGGAUACCUAAAUUAUUAAGAACUUUGAUCUCAGUCCUG